AUGUGGGAGGGUUGGCCAUCCAUAACCUCAAGGAAUGUAGAUCUGCGAAGAAACAUCAAGGUGCAAAGCUAUGAUUCCACCCUUUGGAAAGGAAUUGGGCGCAUUUGGAAGGAGUUUCUUGAUACUCUCCAAUGGGAUAUAGGGAAUGGAAGGGAGUUUGGAAUCUCAUAUGGAAGUGGAGAGGCGCAAUGGCUUAGCAACUUCAUAUGGAUGAUCUAUCAUGGUCGACUCCUAACUAGAGAGCAUACUACAAAAUGGGGUGGCUCUCCUUAUUGCUUUGCCUGCACUAAUAAAGUGGAAGAUAUUAUCCAUAUUCUCCGUGAUUGCAAGCACUUGCUCUCGAUUUGGAAUGCUUGGUUUGCAGGAUCUAUCCCUAACAACUUUCUAUCCAUGCCUCUGGAUGUGUGGAUUCGCAGAAAUAUGAACAAAGAUUGGCGCCACCAGCAAAUUUUGGAUUGGAGAGACAUCUUUAUUACUACAACGUGGUUCCUGUGGCAUUGGAGAAAUAAUGAAGUCCAUGAUCCUUAUUUUUCUAGACGAAAUAAUUCUUUAAUCCUAAUCUCUACUUAUAUAGGAGAAGUCAGAACCAGUUUAUCCAGACAGGAGCAAAUGCAUAUCACUAGCACAGAAGGAGUGCAGGUGAGAUGGGCUGCCCCUCCCUAUGGCUGGUGGAAAAUGAACAUUGAUGCUGCUGUAAAGCACAACCCAAAAACUCUGGGCAAGGGUCUACAGGUGACUUGGAGUAGAGGAGCUCAUCAGCUCAUAGUGGAAAGUGACUGCUUGAUGGCAAUCCAGGCUAUUGCCAAGAAUAGUGUGAACUGCUUAAACCAUCAAAUUGUGAAUAGUAUUAAGCACUGGUGUAACAAGAAUUGGCAGGUUGCCUUUGUGCAUGUCAAGAGGGAUGAGAAUGCUUGUGCUGAUUGGCUUGCCAACAAAGCCUUGAGUUGUAGGGAAGAGUUUGUGACUCUUACUAAUGCUCCUAUAGAGUUGGGUCCUCUUUUGGACUCAGACAUUUCUUCCUUGUAA